AUGGGCUCAAUGCUACCGGAAGAGCUUGCUAUUGCAGUCUGCCAGCAAUUGCUGGCUAGAGACUUGCAGAUUAGGCAACUGGCUCCUUUGCUCUGUCCCUCCAUUCCUUCUCCGCCUACAAUAUUUGUACACGGCCCCCAAGCGUCUGGCAAAUCGACUGUAGUUCGAGCAAUUCUCAAGGAGUAUGGGGCGCCGGUUGAGCCUGUUUUUCAGGCGAACACUUCUUCGAAACAGGGACGAAGAGCAAGGAAGCAAAAAGGAAACGGGGAACUGAGAGAAGACAAGCAGGAAGGCUAUUCCACCAAGCCACGCCUCUUCUAUUCGAUUAUCAAAGUUGCAGAGUGUAUUACUGCACGCCAUCUGUUGGUCAAGAUCGUGUCCAAUGUAAUCUCGGCGGUGCAAAACGCUGGGUCGCAGCUUAUCAUUGACGGCGCUGAGGAAGAAUGGUUCAAGAUUGUCGACAAGGUGCGAUGUGAACAUGUUAGCUCGUUACCAGGUGUUUUGAGUGAGAUUCUUGGGCGGACCCAGUGCCAGAAAUUCAUACUUGUUCUUGAUGGAGUUGACGACCUUCGAGAAGGCGGACAGAUGCUACUGGCGGCCCUAUCUAGGAUUGGAGAGCUGGCUGACGCGCAACCGUUUGAUUCCCAGGUCCCUUCGAUACGUGUGUUAUUUGUGUCGAGAUUCACACCUCGUCCGCUGUUCUUGCAAGUUGCUGGUGUACCACAUAUCUACUUCCCGCCGUACUCUCGCAAUGAAAUGAUUUCUAUACUUUCGAGGUUGUCGCCCCCAGCGACUAGUCUUCCUAAGGACAUUACAGCAAAGCUAUAUCCUUCGUUCCUAUCCACGUUGUAUGACUCCUUGAUUGGCCCUGCGGCAGGAACAGUGCCAGUUUUCCGGUCUGCCUCCGAAAAAUUAUGGCCGCGGUUUGUUGCGCCGAUUGUAGAUGGAGAGUCUCCACCGGGCCGCGAAUGGGAUUUUUCUCGACUCCUUGUUAAGAACCGGACUUUGUUCCAGCAACAAGGAGAGCAUCUACUUCUUCAUCACGUUGUAUCGGAACCCAUAUCAUCGAGCAAAAAUGGGUUCUCGCUCCUUGCAAAAAAGAAUAACGCAAGCCAGCUCCCGGAGUUGCCUUAUCUACCAACUCUUGUGCUGACCGCGGCUUUUUUGGCAGCGUAUAUACCUCAGCGCCUCGACACUGUGCUCUUCUCGAAAUUUACAACUUCAAAGAAGAAACGAAUCCGACGUCGAGGCCGACUCAACCUCACCUCCCAGAUAGCAAAUCAUGAUCAAGGCCCCGACGAUCCGACGCAAACACCAAGCAAAACCAGCAAGAAAGCAGGUGCGCAGUCACGAGUCAAUAAAUCUACGCCAGCUUCCUCUUCUUCUAGGCUAUUUGGCACUCGUAAAGGAGUCACAAAUUUCCUGACACCACGGCCAUUUUCACUGGAACGCCUCUUUGCAAUAUACCAUGCAAUCGACCCAAACCCGUCAUUUUCUGCACUUCCUAUAGCAGAUGCUGUUGCUCCGGAAAUAGCUACACUGCAACAACUCAGAUUGCUUGUGCCUGCGUCGUCUGCAGCGGCUACUUCUGGCGGUGCGAUUGACGGUGGGGAGAAAUGGAGUUUGAACGUGAAUAUCACGGUUAGUUCUAGCGCUUCAGUCAAUGAAGAGUGGAUCGUGGACAUGGCUCGGGGUAUCGGAGUCGAUAUUGAUGAGUAUUUGGCGACUGAUUGA